GCCGCGCUACUAAAAGGAAGCACGACUCGCUAUCACGUCAUUCUGUGCUUAGGCGUACAGCAGGAAACAGGUUUUCCUUUUGGAUUGUUGUCUCGAAAACAUCUGAAUAUUUUUUCCUUACUCAAUGCACCCCUCGGCACAGAACACGCUGAAACCAGCCAGAAGGAAAAAUGCCUCCUUCGGAAAUAAUCGGGUCGUGUCUUCGCGUCUUGUUUCUGCUCUUGAGUUGGACUUCUCAUCAGCGCUCUGCCAGCUCUCUACAGAUCCAACAGGCUUUCGCAUCUCCGAAUCAGACCAAUAAUUUCGUCGUAGAUGAAGUUUCAAAAAAAGUUUAUUUGGCGGCGGUUAAUACGAUUUACCAGCUAAACAGGAGUUUGUCAGUUGAGGUGCAAAGGCAAACCGGACCGGUGAACGAUCAUUUCUUGUGCCAUGCUCCCCAGCUUCCACAGGCGACCUGCGAGCACCAAACGGCUCCGACCGACAACUUCAACAAGCUGCUGCAGCUGGACCCGGACCAGAAGGUGCUCGUCGUGUGCGGAUCUGUAUACCAGGGAUUCUGUGAGCUUAGGAAAAUGGAGAAUAUCUCUCAGAUUGCAGUUGAUUUUCCACCACAGGGGGAAAAAACAGUAUUUCCCAGUAUGUUGAACAUCGCUGCCAAUCACGCUAACGCUUCGACGGUGGGAUUGAUUUUCAGAAGUCAUGGUGGGAACACCAAACUUUUAGUGGGAGCAACAUAUACAGGUGCCGGUUCUUCGUUUUUCCCGAAAAACCACAGCAAAGAAGAUCUACGAUUUGAAAACACCCCAGAGAUUGCUAUCAGGUCUCUAAAUAUUAAAGAUCUGUCUAAGCUUUUCACAUAUGAUAUAAAUCCUUCAGAAGACAAUGUCUUUAAGAUAAAACAAGAAGUCAAGCAGAGACACGCGCUUAAUUUCGUCCAUACUUUCAUACAGAAAAGUUAUUCUUACAUUGCAAUAAACAAUGACGCCAAUACGGGUCACAAGGAAAACCAACCCAAUAGCAUAUUGGCAAGAAUUUGUUUGGACACCGAAAAUCCUCGGAAAUUAUCCUCGGAGAGCAGAAAGCUGACGGAGUCGUACAUCGAAAUGUACCUUCAGUGUGGAUCCAAUGAGAACAUUUAUAACAGAGUUUUGUCAGUGUACCCUGCAGAGAUCAAUGUUGCUGGAAUAGGAUCGGAGCCUUUCUUGUUCGGAGUUUUCGCGAAAUCGAACAAAAACUCGGCCGUGUGCGCCUUCAGGUUCGCAGAUAUCGAGGAGACCAUCCGACAGGGCAGAAAAAACUGCUCCACCUCGGCCAGCACCGGGGAGGUCCGGGUGCUGGACAGUGUCAUCCAGGGUUCGGGCGCUGUGUGCGUUCAAAAGUCGAAUAUUGUGCUACAGUCGGAGCAGCUGGACUGCGGGGCUGCACACCUGCAGCACCCGUUGGCCCUGAAGACGCCGCUGGUCUCCUCCCCACUGUUCGAGACUGUGGGGCUGACCUCUGUUGCCGUGGACAACGUGCACAAUCGCACUGCUGUCUUCCUGGGAAGCAGCGCCGGCAGGCUGUGGAAGCUGAAUCUCUUCCAGAAUCUAACUGUAGCCAGUCAGAAGUCUUUGAAAGUUGCCCCCGGCGAGUCCGUCCACCACAUCAUGACCUUUGACCCCAGCGACCGAAACUACAUUUACCUCAUGACUUCCAACCAUCUCCUGUGGGUUAAGGUGGCUAAUUGUGAGCAGUACUCCAGUUGCAAAGACUGCUUGGGUACUGGUGACGCCUACUGUGGCUGGUGCACACUGAAGAACAGGUGCUCAACCCAGAAUGAAUGUCCCUUCCAGCAUCUGCAAAGCUCCUGGAUUGGUGUGAACGAGGGCCCCCAGCAGUGUCCUUGGAUGACCAUCACACCCCCGGACAUCAGCAUCAGCACCGACACUGAGUUUGUGGGCAUCUUGAUCCACGGCAGCGUUCCGAAGCUGGAGGGCUUUUCAGUAGAGUGUGACUUCGGUCCGGGGGGGUCCACGCCUGCUAUAGUCCACUGUGACUCUGGACCCUGUGCUAUCCAAACCUGCAAACGAUUGUCUCGAGACAACUACCCAAGCAUCCCCCCUGACCAGGAUCACGUGACCAUACCAGUGGCCAUCAAGGCGAACGGCAUGCCCAUUGUCUCUGGAAGUUACACUCUCUAUGACUGCCAGAAGACGGGCUUGAUACACCCUCACACGGCGUGCAGCAGCUGUCUGCAGAAUAAGGGGAAGUGCCUGUGGAACCAGCAGGAGAACAGCUGUGUUUCCAGUGAAAAUGCCACGAAGGACCAUCUGCUAAAGGACGUGGAGUCUUGUCCAACCGGGACGUUUGUUAAAAUUCCCCCGUCACUGUCUGGAAGGUCGCCGAACAUCACGGUGUCACUCAGCAACGUGGAGGAGGGCACUGCGCUGGUAUGUGAUUUUGGGGGCGAUCUCCAGUAUGAGGCAGCGUGGCUCGGAUCAUCGGAGCUCAGCUGCAAGGAUGUGACACUUACCACCACGGCAAAAACCCGCAUGUUCAAUUUCACCCUGAAACGCUGGGGCUUGAAGGACAAGUACAUCGACAGUCCUCAGCCCAUGACAGUGGAGGUAUACAACUGCGGGGCAGGCAGCACAGAUUGCUCCCAGUGCUGGGGACGGGAGGACCAGGGACACCACUGCGCCUGGUGUGACAGCUCGUGUAAACCCCGCGAUGAGUGUCACACAAGUCAGACCCAGUGUCCGGGCCCAGAGAUCUGGAAGAUCAUGCCGCUCAGCGGGCCCCUGGAAGGAGGCACCAGGCUCACCAUCCAGGGUAGGAAUCUGGGCCGCAGGGCGGCGGAUGUCAAAGUGGACAUCGGCACCGUUCCCUGCACACUGCUCCCGGAGAGAUAUAGUGUCUCUGUGCAGCUGGUGUGUGUGACAGGGAGAUCACAGGAUACGUUUGCAAACGUGGUGACGGUCACUGUGGGCAGCAGCGUGGGACAGUCCAAAGAAACCUUUUCAUACCUGAGUCCCAGAGUACUAUCCAUGGAGCCCAGGAACGGAUCCCUGUCUGGGGGCACGAAAGUAACUCUGAAGGGCGAACACCUGGACACUGGCUCCCGAGUGCAAGUGAGGGUCAACGGCACCCAGGACUGCACUAUUAUUAGGAAAGACGCCGACACCAUCGAGUGCACCAUGCCACCGGCGGAGCACAUGCGUCCCGAUACCACCGUGUCCGUGUGCGUGGAGUUUGAAGAACUUCCUUGCCAAAACCUGCAAAAUUCCUCCUACACCUAUGAGAGGAAUCCGAUCAUCGUUGGCAUCCAUCCGCAGAAGAGCUACCUGAGCGGGGGCCGUACCAUAACGGUGAAGGGACAUGGCUUUAACCUGGUGCAGAACGUGGAAAUGAAGGUCAGGGGGAUCGUGGAUGAGCAAAGCGCUUGCUCUGUGCAGUCAAACACGAUCAUCACAUGCUCCUCGCCAGCUUCUCCUCAGUCCACGCGAACCACAGUGGAGUUCUAUCUGAAUGGUGUCCCCUACACUGGGGACAGUCCUGCCACCCAGAUGGACCUUGAGGACGACGAGGAGCCCUACAGGGUGCACUUCUACAUGGACUACUUGGAGGACCCGCAGUUCUUCACCGCGACCAAGGACAAGUUCAUCAAGCACCAUCCAGGAGAGCCGCUCACGCUCAUAAUCAAUAAAGGACCCAGUGAACUGAAUCUGGCUCCGGAAGAACACACUGUGACGAUUGGCUCCAUCCCCUGUGACGUCAGCUUCAGUAACGAUCAGCUGUUUCACUGCACUAUCAAUGGCUCCCUGAACUCACAUGAAAGAGAGCAGCCAGUCAUUGUGCAGGUGGGCAACUUCCGCAAGGUCAUCGCCACGGUGCAGCUGGGAGGCAGCGAGCUGGCCAUCGUCGUCUCCAUCGUGGUGUGCAGCGUCCUGCUGCUGCUGUGCACCGUGGCCCUGGUGGUGUACUGCACGAAGAGCCGCCGUGCCGAGCGCUACUGGCAGAAGACGCUGCUGCAGAUGGAGGAGAUGGAGGCACAGAUCAGGGAGGAGAUCCGAAAAGGCUUCGCUGAGCUGCAGACCGACAUGACGGACCUCACCAAGGAGCUGAACCGCAGUCAGGGCAUCCCCUUCCUGGAGUACAAGCAGUUUGUCACCCGAACCUUCUUCCCAAAGAUGUGUUCAGACUAUGAGAAGAACAGCCUGGUGCAGCCCGUCUAUCAGAACGAUAAUCUGAGUCCGCGUGUUGUGCCAGAGACUCACCCCCUGCUGCAGGACUGGAAGCCCGCAGGUACCGGCAAGCCCAACAUGGAGGAGGGGGUCACGCUGUUUUCCACUCUGCUGAACAACAAGCACUUCCUGAUCACCUUCGUGCACGCUUUGGAGCAGCAGAAGGACUUCGCCGUACGGGACAGAUGUAGCCUGGCCUCACUGCUCACCAUCGCUCUGCACGGAAAGCUGGAGUACUACACCAGCAUCAUGAAGGACCUGCUGGUAGACCUUAUAGACAGCUCGGCCCCCAAGAACCCCAAGCUGAUGCUGCGGAGGACCGAGUCCGUAGUGGAGAAGAUGCUCACCAACUGGAUGUCCAUCUGCAUGUACAGCUACCUGAAGGAGACAGUGGGCGAGCCGUUCUUUCUGCUGCUCUGUGCCAUCAAACAGCAGAUAAAUAAGGGCUCCAUCGACGCCAUCACCGGCAAAGCCCGCUACACCCUGAACGAGGAGUGGUUGCUGAGGGAGAACAUCGAGGCCAAGCCCCAGAACAUCAAUGUCUCAUUCCAAGGAUUAGGAAUGGACUCGCUCACUGUGCGAGUGAUGAACACGGACACCAUCUGCCAGGUCAAAGAGAAGAUCUUGGAGGCGUUUUACAAGAAUUUGCCCUUUUCUCAGUGGCCAAGUGCUGAAGACGUAGACCUAGAGUGGUUUUCUUCUGGCAGCACCAGUCGAAUUCUCCUGGACCUGGACAACACGUCAGUGAUGGAAGAUGGCCGCAAGAAGCUCAACACCGUCUUUCAUUACAAAAUACCAGAGGGAGCCUCACUUGCAAUGAGCCUGAAAGACAGGCGUGAGAACACUUUGGGGAGAGUCAAAGAUUUGGACACAGAGAAAUAUAUUCACCUGGUCCUCCCACACGACGAGCUGACAGAGACCAAGAAGUCACACAGGCACAGCCACCGCAAGAAGGUGCUCCCAGAGAUCUACCUUACGCGGCUGCUCUCCACCAAGGGAACACUCCAGAAGUUCCUGGAUGACCUGUUUCAGGCCAUCCUCAGCAUUCCAUCUGACAAGCCCCCUUUGGCUGUGAAAUAUUUCUUUGACUUCCUGGAGGAGCAGGCAGAUAAACGAGGCAUCACAGACCCCGACACCCUGCACAUCUGGAAGACCAAUAGCUUACCUUUGAGGUUCUGGGUGAACAUUUUGAAGAACCCCCAGUUCGUCUUCGACAUCGACAAGACAGACCAUAUGGAUGCAUGCCUGUCCGUCAUCGCCCAAGCCUUCAUCGAUGCCUGCUCUGUGUCCGACCUGCAGUUAGGCAAGGACUCCCCCACCAACAAACUUCUGUAUGCCAAGGAGAUACCGGAGUACAAGAAACGGGUGCAGUGGUAUUACAAGCAGAUCCAGGAGAUGGCGCCGUUGAGUGAGCAGGAGAUGAAUGCACACCUUGCUGAGGAGUCCCGGAAAUACAGAAAUGAAUUCAACACAAACCUGGCCCUGAUGGAGAUCUACAAUUAUGCCAAGAAAUAUCGUACUCAGGUGGUGAACGCGCUGGACGCCAACCCCACAGCCCGCCGCAUGCAGCUGCAGCACAAGUUUGAGCAGGUCAUUGCCCUCGUGGAGGACAACAUCUAUGAGUGCAGCAGUGAGGCCUGAAGCACCAGCGCCCCGCCCCCCCCCCCCAUACCCCCACCACACAAGCAAGGCACACCUGGGCGCUGCAGCCCUAUUCCACGAUCGCUUUCCUUGUGAACCCAUGUGAGAGACUUCUGAGAGACCUCUAGCAAGGAGGCCUGGGUGAUGGACAGAUACCCUAUGCCAACCCUUGCUGUGGAGGAAGAAGAGUUGGAGCGUACCAAAUUGUGGGGUGUCGUGGGGGGUGUUCUUAUGCCACAGAGCAGCUUAGGCCUUUUGAUAAAAGCAGGUUGUGCCCCGGCAGUGCACUGUUUAGGGUUAAAAAGGCAAGCUGCAGAGUUACUUUUUAACCCUGUGGUUAUGCACAGAUGGACCAGAGGGAAAGUUUAAAGUCACUUUGUCUAAAACCACAAGGGAGAGCUGGGGGUGGGGUGGGGCUCAUUGUCACUGGAUUUCGAUGCUGGGGGUCUUCCCAUUGCAAGCACAUGCAUGGACCUCCCCCCACCUUCUGCAGACACAUGGAAGAUGCACUGUACCGUAACAUGGUUGUCAAUAGCAAUAUUUAUGGAUGUUCUCUCUCUUAUAGUCUCGAGUUGGAGGGAACGACGAUAUGAUUCUCCUGUCUCCCACGCAAACGAUCCACAAAAUCAGAAUCGUUUACUCAGGUCUGAGCUGUGGCAGUGACAGACAGGACUUUACACUGGUGCUUUGAACUGUUAUCUGAGCUUUUUCUGACUGAUAUGUGACGCUCAUUGCGCUGAAGUACCUUUACAGCAUUCAUUUUCAUAGCGGGCCCAUGAAGAGUCACACCUUUGGAGAACUGAGCAUUGCUGAGCUGUUGGAGAGAGAGAGAGAGGGAGAGAGAGAGAUGGGGACCAGUCAAAGACUGAAUGCUAUGCUCUACCAACUCCGUCCUGCUCUCUGAUAGCGUCUAUCAUGGAAGGAUAUAUAAUUGAAUCAAAUAAAAUGUGUGCUUCUUAAAAAAAUA